AUGCAUAGCAUUGCGCGCGAAAGUCUUCAGAAUUAUCUGUACAGCUACAAGGAAACACCGAAAGAGCCGGGACUACCUUUGAUACGAGAUGCUAAGAAGAGUCAAGCUUUCUUUAAGAUCUGUGAAGAACGUAGAGCUCGCAAAGCGUUAAAAGAAGCUGUGGCUUGCAAAGUGUCUUUCGCAGUUCAAUGUCAUGUUAGUUAUGAUGGAUCACUGGAAAACGAAUGUCCAAUUCAUGAAAAAGUGGUGUCUUAUCAAAAAAAUGAUUUUAUUCAUGUGUACAAAAAAUUUAAUCACGAUUGGUGGAUUGGCAGAAUUGUCGCUGUGGGAUCCACGAUUGGAUUUGUCCCAACUGCAAGAAGAUUAUAUCGUUUGAAAGAAAUUGUAGACACGGAAGAAUCUCCAACACACAUCUCAAAAAGUUCUUCGAGACAAGCAAUAAAGCCGAAAGGUCGUUUUCGAUCUUCGAGCACUCCAGCUACAGCAGCAGCAAGAGCAGCCGCGGCUACUGUCAGUGCUAAACAGAGAUUGGUAAGAAGCCAAUCCCCUGUUUGGGAACUCCCAUGUCCGUAUACAGUGGUCCCUUCUACAAGACCGAUUGUUUUGAUGGGACCAUGCAAUCAAAGCUGUCGUCUGACAGAGCUGAUGCAUUCAGCUGUUGUAUCAGCUAUUGUUAAACAGUUUGGUUCUCGUGUCUGUCGUUUACCUACAGAGAUAGGGGCUAAAGGAUUGUCAAAACAAGAAUACGAUUUGAAUGAGAGAGAACUACGUUUGAUUACUUCGCUGGCAGACGACUUACGCUUAGUUCUACUAGAUAGUCCCAACUUGAAUACACCGCCAGAAGUAAAUGGGCUACAGCUUGCUCCUAUCAUCAUUCUAUUCAGAAUAAAGAACAGGAAAAUAUUAAUCAAACUACUAAAGAAGAGUGUUUCUGUUGGGCAGAAACUUGGAGGAUAUUUAGCAACAGCUGAUUACCUUAAUACAAUACACAAUGAUAAAGUGAACCUACUGAUAGAAGAUAAUGGUUUACCGGAAGCAAUCAAGAAGAUAACGAACUAUCUCGAAGACUAUUGGAAGGCACUUCAUCCAGCACAUCCCUUAUUGGAGGAAGAAUAUAUGCGGAAUAGUUGCUGA